AGUGAACAAAGUGAAAUUGAAUCAAGCACAUCCAAACCCCAAUCUGCAAACGGUGGUUAUCUUGGAUUUAUAAGCAAAAAAUAAAAGAGAAAUCAAAAUUGAUUCUGAUCUUGACAGGUGUUAGUUCAGUGUAUUCGCUAUUGUGACUUGACCGUUAAUUUACGAAAGAAAACCAACAAAACCAAACGACAAAAUGACCUGUUUAGAAAAUAUAAUUGUUAUUUCGACCAUGUUUAUAGUGUUAGUUACAGUCCAAGCAACCAAAGCAGAAGAAAUUGAUGCAAAACGUGGAGCUGCUAUACACACACUCACUCCAACGCCACGACGACGAAGUGAUCCGGAAUUCUUGAAAUGGGAUAGCGAGGUUAACGCUAUUUUAGACGAUGAUUACGAAGGUACUGCUGAAUACAAUGGCAAUGAAUUUGUUCGGCCAUACUUUGGAUUCCCCCGAAUUUCACGAGCCGGAUCACGAUUUUAUUCAAAGCUAGGCGAAGGUUCACAGGAAACAAUUAAACGAGGUGGACCAGGUGGCGGUGCUGGCAUGUGGUUUGGACCACGUUUAGGUCGCAUGCAAAAGCGAAGUCCCACCAAAGAGCAUGUUUAAAUCAACAAACAAACCCUCCCCAUUCCAGCAACAACCACAGCUGAAACACACCGAAUGCCAAAUCAAUACACUAAUAUUCAUCAUUUCGUAGUUUCGAUUUAAAACAAUACCAAACAGAUAUAUAAGUAAUGGUCAUACACACGACACACUUCCCACUUGUCUACCUAAUGUCUUAUAGAUUAGUUUUUUUGACAAAAAGAAAUUUACUCCAAAAUGAAUGUGAAUGAAAGACGAGUCACGAGUCUGGCCCUCUUUUGCGAUGUGGAUAUAAUGUUUGCAACAACAAAAAAAUUAACAAUUAUUAUAUAAAAUGUCAAAGCAAAUUACAAAUAAAAAAAAUCUACACAAAAAAAAA